AUGGCUCUUACCCUGCCUUCGGUACCCGCAAAGCACGAGGACUUCUUGCGUUACGUUGAUUCGCAUCCUGAUACUCCUAUUGGAGACUUGGUGCAGCCUUACAAUGACUAUGAUGCUGUUACACGCAAGCUAUUUGCUCAGGACCCAUCUCAUGUCAUAGUGAAAGACAAUCACGCCAACAUUGUGCCGUUGUACAAUGCCAUGGGGUCCGCAGACAUUCGUGUUCGGGCGAGAGAUCUAGCCUCAGAGACACCUGAGCAGAAAGAAAAAUAUAUUUUACCCCUCAACGAAUCAAUGCGCAGGGAAUAUGGCUCUUCUGCUGUGGUAUCAACCUUGGCCGAGUUCCAGGAAAACUUCGCCGUCUUCACCGAAGGUGCUUUGGGUGAAAUGGACUGGAGUAAUGUCGUGGCAGCUGGCAGCGCCGUGGUGACAUCUCUUCUUCCUGUGCCAGAGAAAUACCGCAAGUCCAAGCGAGGCCUUCGUCAGUAUUAUCACGAUCAGUUUGCCCCGGCGUCGGAUGUCGAUCUUUUCAUCUACGGCCUUACGGAUGAACAAGCAAUUGAGAAGAUCACACACAUCGAAGAUGCAAUCCGGAAUACUAUCUUGUAUGAGACCACCACAAUCCGGACUAAGAACACCAUCACCGUCGUCUCACAAUACCCCACACGGCAUGUGCAGAUUGUACUUCGAAUCUACCGCUCAGUGGCUGAAAUCCUCACUGGCUUCGAUGUGGACUGUUCCUGUGUUGCCUAUGAUGGCCAGCAGGUUUAUGCUUCUCCUCGUGCGAUUGCUGCAUACAUCACCCAGACCAAUCAAGUUGAUUUGACUCGACGAUCUCCUUCAUACGAAAAUCGACUUUCCAAGUAUUCUCACCGCGGCUUCGAAGUGUUUUGGCCCUCACUCGAGCGUUUGAGGAUAGAUCCGACUAUCUUCGAAAGAAGCUUUGCUAGAACCGAAGGACUGGCACGACUUUUGGUUCUCGAGAAACUCCCCAAGAACACGGACCGAGAUACCUAUCAGCACAGGAGACGUGAAGAACGUGGCCGUCCUCCCGUGAGCAUCUACUUGCGCCGUCGCCAAGGAAGAGAGCUCAAGGGAAAUAUCAAGGACGACUGGGAAGACGAGGUACCUGAGUGGCAAGAGGAGGACCAAGUGUCGAAUUACCACACAUUUACCAUUCCUUACGGUCGCAGAUACAAUGCACGGAAGAUUGAAAAAUUGCUUUACACGAAGGACCUGCUUUUGAACGCAGAGUGGAAUCAGCCCAAGGACCGUGCUGUCUAUCUUCAUCGCCAUCCAGCGUUCGUUGGCGAUGCCCAACACGUCAUUGGCGACUGCUGUGGCUCCUGUCCCCAACCCGUCACAGAAGAAGAACGCAAGAUUGCCGAAGAGGAGAGCAAGAUAUACAUCUCCGGUAAAAUAUCUUUCAUCAAAGAUGAUCCUGGUCGGCAAGAAAUUGGGAGCUUCAAUCCAAUCACCGAGACUGAUUGGACAGAAAUGGCAUAUACUGGUGGCACUGAACAGUUGUGUCAAGCCAUCGUGUCGCAUGAUUUGGAAGCUGUCAAUUGCUUCCUUAGCCGGGAAGACUCAAAUCCAAACCGCCGUGAUAUCACUGGGCGUACACCCCUUCAACUGGCCUGCAUGUGCUCUACUCCCGAAAUUGUUCAAUGCCUUGUGGAUCAUGGCGCCCGUUUGAUUUCACGGAUGGCUGAUGGAAAGACGGCACUGCAUCUUGCCGCUGCUCGAGGAAAUGUUGAAAUCAUCCGGAUACUGCUUACGAAGAGCGAUGAGAAUGAAAAGGCCGAAGACCACGACGACACGUCAAAAGAUGAUGAAAGCGACGACUCCGAAGGUGAUUCUGAAACUGCCAUCGAAGAUGGCAGUAACGUCGGUAGUGUUUCUCGCACAUCGGCCUCUUACGUCAAAGUCGAAGUCGACGGGGGCGACGUAGGUGAAAGCUUUCAACAGACGGACGACAGCAUUGAAGCGAAGGAUGAUGAGCCGGAUAUCUACGACAUCAACGUGGUUGCAUGGGACAGCCUCACUACACCAUUACACCUUGCGAUUCUUCACGGCCAUGUCGAGGCUGUCAAAGAACUGGUAUCCUCUUUUGGAGCCGAUGUCCUGAUGCCAAUCAAAAUCGUCAAUGAACAUGACAAAACACCCCAGGCAACGAUUCUCAACCUGGUGCUCGUACUUGCACUACCAUUGGACAAGGCCAGGGAGAUUUCACAAACACUUCUACAAGCCGGUGCUUCGCCCGCUCAAGCGGAUCUCGCUCAGUGGACCCCGCUGCAUUAUAUUGCUCAAAGCGAUUACAGUGAUCUCUUGGAUCUCUACAUGGAGCACGAUGGGCCAGCUGUACAACGCGCAAUAAAUCACCUGGCAUUAGAUGGCAGCCGGUGGGGUUCGAGCAUCAAGUUUUGUUCGGCCUUGAUGAGCGCCAUACAGGCCAAGAAGCAUGUGUCGGCAAGGAAGUUGUUGGAGAUCGGCGCAAAGCCUAUUUUGGAGUCUGCGGAUAUCUUGAAAGCCACCAAAGCUCAAAUGCCUGACCUGUUGGCCUAUGGUGGCGAUCAUCAGACGCCGGUUUCAAAGGCAACGCAACCCAUUUUCUGUGCCAUCUAUCACGACAUGCCUUUGAUUGCGCUUGAUUUACUCAACCGCGGAGUUGAUCCAAAUGCAAGAGCUCAGGCCCUGGGCACUCCGGGAUGGACGGCUUUGGAUACUGUUCGAAAGUAUCUGGAAAAGUUGCGAGGCUUCUUGAAAACGAAGACUUUCAUCGGACGACUCGGUGGCUGGGAGCCAAGGCCCAUGACUCUUGAGCGUGAUGACGAGUCAUAUCUGAAGGAGUUCCAUGAAGGAACGUACAAGAUAUUUUUCGCUAGGAAUCAGCUGAAGGAUGCACGGAAGUCCAGCAAGGAAGCAGAGGAACAAGAGGAGUCUGAGAAGAAGUCUCGAGAGCCAGCUGGUACGAGUGAAAAGAGAGAGGCUAUUGCCAAACUGAUCCGCGACUAUGAGACACUCGAAACAGAAUUGCUGGUGAAGGGAGCAAAGACGCUCGAAGAACUUGAUCCUGAGGCCACCCAUCCAAAUGAAUCAUCCUGGCGCGCGUCAAAUCAGAGAAACGAAAAUCCUGAGACCAAAAAGCCUUUCGAGUUCAAAUUCGAUUUCAACCUAGCGGAUAUCACCGAUACCACUCGCAAUGGGUUCGAGGCAGCGUGGAGCGGCGAUAUCACAACAAUCAAGGAACUGACUCUUGGCAUGUGGGGGCCAUCUCAAGACCAACCACCGCUGGAGAUCGCGGUAUGCGAUACGCUAGGAUUUUCAUGCCUCUCACUUGCAAUUUUGCGCGGCCAUCUACAUGUCGCAAAGGCAGUGAUUCAGAUCCUCCGAGUUCAAUACAAGGUGAAGAAGCCCGAAACAUCAGCGCGCUUUGAGAUCGACAGUGAUGCAGAUUUAUCAGAUGACGAAGACCUCAAUAUUGUGAGCCAUGAUGUUGAUGAUCGAUUCACCCACGAAAACAUUGGAGAAGUCACCACGCAAGUGGAAAGCAGUGUCCUACCAAUCGGAGCAUUGCAGAGAUGGUGCCAUGCUUUUCUCUUCUUGGAAAACCGCUCUACCAAACAUGAGCCAAAGUUCUGCCAUUCUGACCAAUCAAGACUUCACUAUCAACAUUCGAUUCGUGUCGAUACUCUUGGGAAAUACGCAAUCUUCAAGAAUGAUCUGUCUCUCCUGGACUUUCUUUUGGCAGCUUCUCGGGAAUGUGAAAGCAUGUUCCCAACCGACAAGAAUCAGUCUGAUGCUUCCCGAGAAGCUUUGGAAGAGGAAUAUCAGCUGGCAAUCGCUCUAGGUCAUACUGACUGUCUUGCUAAGCUCAUUCAGUUUAGCGCCGUUGGUCUUCCACUCGCAAAGAUGAGUGAGAAGUCGGGUGUCAAGGCGCAGACUGAGUCACUAUAUUACCAAGGAUUAUCAAUCUGCGGUAAGAAGCGCAGUGAUUGGGCUAGUGCUGGACGUCCUGAGCCGAAAGAAUCGCCUGAAGGGCGGCCGCCGCUUUUGAUCUCUGCCAUGCAAGGAAAUAUCACCAGUACCGAGUGGUUCCUUGGCACAGCGCCGGGUCGUCACUACUUAGAGUAUGUCAACUCGCAUUUGGAGGACGAGAGGAUCAAAAGACUCGCUCAAUCCAAUCUAGGGCUUGAAGGAUCUAUUUUGAACUGGCUACAAACAAGGAAUAACCUUGUCCUUCAUUGUGCGGUGAUGUCUAGGCCGUGUGAGGAGUCUGAACGUUUGGUCCAAUACUUGGUUGAUCACCAUCCCGAAUGCCUAGAGGUGCGCUCGGAAGGAGGUCAUACACCUCUAGCUAUCGCCUUCUCCCUUCGUCGAAUCAACUUUGCCCGCAUAUUGAUUGCUGCGGGGGCCAACCAAACAGUUCGGGAUACCGAAGGAAAUAAUCUUCUUCACAUACUUCUGAGGCCCGUUGAGAAUCAAACUCUCAAGCACUCGGAAGAUCCCUCUCCCCUGAUCAAUCUGCUGGAUAAAGAACUCCUCUCCUCGAUGUUGAUCCAGCGUGCUGGCGAUGGAUCAUGGACACCUCUAGCCCGCCAGCUAGAUUCAUAUCAUCCAUUCAACGAUUACAGCAAUGACAAAGAAUCAGCCAAAAAGGAAAGGGAUUUCACAAUUACCCUCCUAUUGGAUCUGGCGGAGCCUUCCAAUCAAAGGCAUCUCGAGCUUCUGGAUGGAUCUGGAAAUACACCAGUGCAUGAAGCUGUCAAAAAUGGCUUUACACACCUUCUAAACCUCAUGCUCGAUCGUCGACCUGAUCUGCUGUACCGUGAAAAUGCCACAGGCAGCACUCCACUUGAGAUGGCCGUGGAUGCGUGGGUCAACAAUACAACUCGCAACCCUCCCAAGCGUACCACUGACCAAAAUCACUGGGAUCCCAUGUCCAAUUCCGCAGUGGAUCGUGAGCCCGGGUUCUUUAUCCAGGAUAGGGAUUCCAGGACCAAAGAGGAACAGGUGUAUCAGACCUGCCAGGAGCGUGCUCAGCAACACCCGGGAAAAAGAAUAUUGGUCAGCCUGUUUGAGGCAAACGCGCUCGUCGAGAGAUUGGCUUCGAAGAAAAUCUCUACUGAUUAUCACUAUGUGCGCCGUCGCCAUCGGAUUCGUCGAAAUUGGGUAGUGGGAACACAAGAGGUUGACGAAGUUGCUUUGUGGGGACAUCUAGCCUCAUGGUAA